AUGGUAAGUGUGCUCAAAGCUGAGAUAGGGAAGCCACUGAAUGACUUUACUAACUAUUCAAAGGCAGAUGAUACGGAGAAAUAUCCGCCGAAUAUUCAAAAACUUUUCACGCCAAAACCACCACUUCUUUUUAAGAAGCCAACAGACUAUGCAUCAGAACAAAGGAGAACCAGAACCAUAACACCUAUAUCGCAGUGGAGAGAGGAAUAUGAUAAAUACAUUAAAGAAUUUGGGGGCGAAUGUAAUUCUUCUAAUCAACAAAAUGUAAAAACUAUUUCGUCGAGAGAUAAGAAAGAUUUAAAGAAAAGACAAAACCAAGAAUCUUUCGAAAGGCAAUUGAGGGACUGGAAUGAUCCUGAACUAUUGGCGAGAAAUGAACAAGAAUUUAUGAGAGACCCAAUUAGAACGGUCUUUAUAGCAAGAUUAGAUUACUCAUCAACAGAACUUGAUAUCUCCAAAAAUUUUAGCAAGUAUGGCAUGAUCGAGUCCAUUAGGAUAAUAAGGGAUAAGAAUGGUAAAUCAAAAGGCUAUGGGUUUGUGGUUUUUGAAAGAGAAUUAGACGCCCAGAACUGUGUCCGCGAGUUAGCACUACGUGGUAUUAAGAUCCCUGAAGCUUCAGGAAGUAAAACAAGAACAGUGUUGGUUGAUAUAGAGAGGGGAAGAACUAUUCGAAACUGGAAACCAAAAAGGCUUGGUGGUGGAUUAGGUGGACGACAUUACACAAGGCCAGAUGUUAGACAUAAUAGCGCAGCUUCUGCUGCUGCGAGUGGAAGAACGUUACAUCUGAAAUUUCAUCAUCAACAAACUCCACCAAGCUCAUAUUCAAGCUCUUCUUAUGGUGCACCGACUUACAGACCUGGAUUUAAAACCGACCAUAGAAGGAUAGAAAAACCUGUCAAAGAUAAAUAUGCGAAAUAUUCAGGUAAGGCCUCCGAUAUUUCAAGUUACAGAUCUUCAACGAGCACCGAUAGAACCAGAUCCAUUAAAAGUAUAAGACAGAGAGAAUGA